AUGUCUCGCUGCAGCCCCGCCGCCCGCCUGCUCGGCCGCGUCCUCCGCGUGAACAUUCAACAGAAUGGAGUCCGACACUGCUCCUACACGGCAUCUAGGAAAAAUCUGUAUGUUAACAAAAACACAAAGGUUAUCUGUCAGGGUUUUACAGGCAAACAGGGCACCUUUCACAGCCAGCAGGCGUUGGACUAUGGCACCAAUCUAGUUGGAGGAAUUUCUCCAGGGAAAGGGGGAAAAACUCAUCUAGGUCUGCCUGUGUUUAAUUCUGUGAAGGAGGCCAAAGAGCAAACAGGUGCCUCUGCCACUGUGAUAUAUGUCCCUCCCCCGUUUGCUGCUGCUGCCAUCAACGAGGCAAUCGAUGCAGAGAUGCCCUUGGUCGUGUGCAUCACUGAAGGGAUCCCCCAGCAGGACAUGGUGCGGGUCAAACACAGGCUGGUCAGGCAGGGCAAGACCCGGCUGGUGGGCCCAAACUGCCCUGGAGUCAUCAAUCCUGGAGAAUGUAAAAUUGGUAUCAUGCCUGGUCACAUUCACAAGAAGGGAAGAAUCGGUAUUGUGUCAAGAUCUGGAACCUUGACAUAUGAGGCUGUUCAUCAGACAACGCAAGUUGGAUUGGGGCAGUCUUUCUGUGUUGGGAUUGGAGGUGAUCCCUUCAAUGGAACUAAUUUUAUUGACUGCCUUGAUGUCUUCUUGAAGGAUCCUCAUACCGAGGGGAUCAUAUUGAUUGGGGAAAUUGGAGGAAAUGCUGAAGAAGAUGCAGCAGCAUUUUUGAAAGAACAUAAUUCUGGCCCAAAUGCCAAGCCAGUGGUGUCGUUCAUUGCCGGCCUGACGGCGCCUCCGGGCAGGCGGAUGGGCCACGCUGGAGCAAUCAUUGCUGGGGGAAAAGGGGGAGCUAAGGAGAAGAUUGCAGCCCUUCAGAGUGCAGGUGUUGUGGUCAGCAUGUCCCCUGCUCAGCUGGGCAGCACCAUCUACAAGGAGUUCGAGAAAAGGAAAUUGCUGUAAGAGAAGACACUUUGGAAUAUGGUCUCCAAAACACCAGUGCAGCACCUGGCCUCUGCUUACCUUUUGUCUGCUAAUCUUCAGUUGCCCAAAUGACUGAUGCCCAAAUGACUUGGAAGCCAUAAACCUCCUGGCUAAACCUGUUUUGAUGUCUCCCUUGUUUCAGACGUUAUCACCUCGUUGUAAAUCACAGCAAAUUAAUAAAUCUACUACUAAAUCUGACCCAUCUUUUGAAUUCCUGAAGCAGAGCUAUUUUCUUCAGUCAUCAUAAAAAAAAAUCCUUUGUAACUUAAGCACUGCCCAUUUUUAAGGUAAAGUUGCCUGUAGAGAUGCUUUUAAGGAUCAAGGCACUGACUUUAUGCACAUGCCACACUUUACUUUGUUUUUAAAAACUCCAGUCCCACUUGUUUGUUGCUGGCAAGUAUGUUUGAACAACAGGCCAAAGUUUCCGUCCAUUAAACCAAAGCUGCUGGAUCUGAAGGGAUUGCUUGUUGAUCCACGUAGCUGGAUAUGCCUGAGGUCCAGACUUUCUCUUCAAGGCUGACUAGCCAUGCACAGUGCAGUUCUCUACUGGCAAGGAAUUCUGUUGGUUGUGUAUAGAGAUGGAAUUGUUAUUCACAAAAAUUAAUCUAAUUUCACAUGCAAAAUAUAUAUUCAAAAUUGUCUGUAUCUGUGAAGAUGGUUUGGUCUUUAGCUUACAUUACCUUAAUUGCCACUUUAUCUUAACUAGAAUUGUAUUGCUAGUGUUCUGAAAUUCUAAUAACAAUGCGACAUAGAGGAGGAGAGUUAUUCUCUAAAAAAAAGAACAUAAUAAGGUAACUUACUUGUUAACCACUCCCAGCACUGUAAUGGAAAGCCCUUUUUUUUUACUGUGGAUAUAGCCCAAAUAUUGUACCUAUAAAUAAGUGUUAUAGGUUUUAUCAAGGUGGACUAAAUCCCAGAUUGUUUUAUAUAGAGGACUGAAAGUUCAUGUAACCUGGCACUUGUCUAGAGCUAACCUGGUGUUCCAUAAAGGUGCUGUUACAAAAACUUGUGUUGUUAUUUAUUUAAAACUGUUCUUAGUUUUCUUACUCCGAUCCCUGUGGAAUUUCUCUUCCUAAAGCAAGCAGUAGGCAGAUGUCUCAAUGCUGACAUUUACAGCUCCUAGAGCUGAGCCCUGAUGAAAUGCAUAAAAGGACAGGUCAUAUCUGUGCUGCACUGAAUGUCUAUUAAUGCACUUUAUAUAUGGUCACGCAUCAGUCAGGUGAUCCAGGGACAGAGACCAGGUGCUGUAUUGUUCACCUUGGAGUGAUUUACUCAGAUGAACCUGACAGCCAGCCACUGGAUGGCUGAAAGCAGGAUUGGGCAGUAAAUCAUUUGAUAAAGUCUAUGGCAACAGAUAAGGGUUUUUAUCUGCUCGGUUUUCUGGUGGCGCCUGAUUAAAUCUGGAGCAAAAAGACCAGAAGGUGCCCUUUAACUAGAGAGAUACACCUGCUAAAAUGUCUCAGUCUGUGCAAGAGGGCAGUUCCUCAGCAGUGAGUGUCAGGGUAUUGCAGCCAGUCUUCUUAUAAGCCUGAUAAUCAAAGUAACUCAUCGAGGUGCUGUGCUGCUCCACAGCACAAUCUUUGGGAUGGGUGGUGCUUCCUGAUGAACUGCCCGAAUUCCAUCCUCGUCCCCACUAUCAUAACAGAUGAUCUUCCAGGACAACUGAGGUGUAGUAAGUUUCCUGCUUGGGGUUGUUCCAUGGAAGCUCUUCCAGAGGCACCAGGUAUUUUAGAAGACAGCCAUAAACUGCAAUGAUUGCUGCACCCUGAGAAAGCAUUUCCUUGUAUCUUGAAACUUGAGGAUGAGUUUAAAAAUUCCCUUUUGAUGGCAAGGUUUGCAGCAGUGUCUGGUGCUGCAUCUUAGCAGCUGCCUGGAUCUGCUCCAGCCUGUGGAAGCAGUUUGUACUAACCUGCAACUGAGUGUCACCAAAGGAUGGGGAAGGAACCUGACCUUGCCUGAUAGAAAUGCUUAGGCUAUGCAGUUUCCCUGCCUAAAAAUGUGCACUUGACAAAUAUGAGCUAAUUAAUGACAAUGACUCUUUGGAAAACGUAUUCACAUCUGUUUAGUGCCGUAUGUUCUGAAUAAAUGUUUUGGGUAAUCUGA